AUGCAGUGCCUGCGCCAGCUGCCGCGGCAGGCACCCCGCGUCCAUGCCCCUGCGUUUCCGCCUCAUGCGUCCAGACUCACAAACGUCUGCUCACCAAGACGACUAGGCACUGCGGCGCCGCAGAGCAAGCCCAGCAUCACCACCCCUUCCUCCUCCACUCCCGAGCCCUCGGCCCGUCGCCAGCGUCUGCGGGACGACGCCAAGCCGUUUUCCGACUUCCUCACCGAUACGUUCCAGCGCCAGCACGACUACCUGCGCAUCUCCAUCACGGAGCGGUGCAACCUGCGGUGCGUGUACUGCAUGCCCGAGGAGGGCGUGCCGCUGUCGCCGAACCGCGACCUGCUCACGACGCCCGAGAUCCUCCUGCUCUCCUCCGUCUUCGUCGCGCAGGGCGUCACCAAGAUCCGGCUGACGGGCGGGGAGCCGACGGUGCGGCGCGACAUCCUGCCGCUGAUGCGCGACCUCGGGGCGCUGCGCGCGCGCGGCCUGCGCGAGCUCUGUCUUACCACCAACGGCAUCUCGCUGCACCGCAAGCUCGACGCCAUGGUCGACGCGGGCCUCACCGGCGUCAACCUCAGCCUCGACACCCUCGACCCCUGGCAGUUCCAGAUCAUGACGCGCCGCAAGGGCUUCGACGCCGUGCUGCGCAGCAUGGACCGCGUGCUGGACAUGAACCGCGCCGGCGCCGGCGUCAAGCUCAAGGUCAACUGCGUCGUCAUGCGCGGCGUCAACGACGCCGAGGUCCUGCCCUUUGUCGAGCUCACCCGCCACAAGGACAUGGAGGUGCGCUUCAUCGAGUACAUGCCCUUUGACGGCAACAAGUGGAACAAGCGCAAGAUGCUCGGCUACCAGGAGAUGCUUGACACCAUCCGCGCCGCCCACCCCUCGCUGCAGCAGCUGCCGGGCCACCGCAACGACACCAGCAAGACGUGGCACGUCCCCGGGUUCGCCGGCCGCAUCGGCUUCAUCACGAGCAUGACGCACAACUUUUGCGGCACGUGCAACCGCCUGCGCAUCACCGGCGAUGGAAAUCUGAAGGUGUGUCUCUUUGGCAACGCCGAAGUCUCGCUGCGGGAUAUCCUGCGCCGCGCCAACGGCGGCGAGCCCAUUGACGACGAGGCCUACGAGGCCAUGAAGCGCAUCGAGAUGGACCGCCGCCAGGGACUGGUGUCGGCUGAUACGCCGCUGGGCAUGGCGCCCAACGAGGCCGAGCUGCUGGAUGUCAUUCGCGUGGCGGUCAAGGGCAAAAAGGCCAAGCACGCGGGCAUCGGGGAGCUGGAGCACAUGAAGAACAGGCCCAUGAUUUUAAUAGAUCCUGUUGCCCCAACCCUCCAUGGCACCAUACCUCGCAGAGUACAGCAUCUCAUCAGCACACCACAAUCGCAUCCCUCCAUCAGCCACCAACGACGACUCUUUUCCUCCACGCCACGACAGCACAGCAAAGACGACAGCGCGACCAAGCCGCCCACGCUCACACACGUGUCCGAGACGGGCGCCGCGCAUAUGGUCUCCAUCGCCCACAAGACCGUCACCGCGCGCGUCGCGACCGCCGCCUGCACCGUGCGCUUCUCCAGCGCCGUCGCGCCGGCGCUCAUCCGCGCCAACCAGCUGAAAAAGGGCGACGUGCUCGGCGUCGCGCGCGUCGCCGGCAUCAUGGCCGCGAAGCGCACGCCCGACCUCAUCCCGCUGUGCCAUCCCGUUGCUGUGUCGCAUGUGGGCGUGGACCUGGUGCUCAGCGAUACGAGCGUCGAGGUGCGCGCCACAGUCGAGUGCGACGGCAAGACGGGUGUUGAGAUGGAGGCGCUCACGGCGGCGUCGACGGCCGCGCUGACCGUGUACGACAUGUGCAAGGCGGUGGACAAGCGCAUGGUGGUGGACGGGCUGAGGGUGGUGCUCAAGGACGGCGGCAAGAGUGGUCGGUGGGAGAUGGAAUAA